AGUUACUCAAAAACCAUUAAAAUCGAUUCUUCAAGAAGCAAAUGAGAAAAAAGCAGAAAUAAUUCAACUGUUCAAAGAAAUUUCUCUUGAUUUGGAGGGUGUAAAUUAUUAUAGGUAUCAUAAAAACAUUUCUCCCUCAAUUCAAGAGUAUAUUGAGGCUAUUUCAUUUUUAGAAUAUUUGCAAAAUGAUCGGUUGAUUACAAAAGAUCAAGUUGAAAAUGAUUUCAUGGAUGAAACUGACUAUAUAAUGGGUCUUGCUGAUCUAACUGGUGAAUUAAUGCGAUAUGCAAUUAAUAGUGUUGGAAAAGGGGAUCAUGAUCGAGCGAUUAAAGUUUGUCAAUUCCUGCGUGAUAUAAAAAUUGAUUUUGAAAUUCUUAAAAUUCAUACAAGAUCUCCCUUGGGUCGAAAAAUGGAUGCAAUGCGCCAAAGUUUAUCAAAAGUUGAAGAUGCCUGCUAUGCCCUAACGAUUAGGGGCUCAGAAUAUCCCAAAGAAUUUUAUCAACACAUUGUUAGUGAACAUGCGAGAAAUUACGAAUAUACAGAAGAAGAGGAGUAA